AUGGCAUUACUGAAAUUUAUUUGCGCAGUGGUAACCAGAUUACUCUUCAUUUUACUUUCCCUCAUUGGUGUCUGGAGGGUGACAUGGGUGAAAAACAAUAACUACUACUGGUUUCUUACAAUCUUAUAUCUGCCGCUGGUGGCUGAAAUGAUGCUAACUUUGAGGCGCAGAAAGGGGAAAGAUUACAAAUGGUUGUCUCCUGCAAUUUUGCUGUUCCUAAUCAGUAUUAUCCCAACUAUAUGGAUUCUAGAAUUGCAUCAUCAACAAAACAAAACAAAUGAUGAUCAGUGCCGUAAACUUGAUUCGACAGAGAGCAUAAAAAGCAUGAUUGAUUUCUUGAGGAACACAACCAGUACAGAUGAAUCUUUCAAGGAUUCUGUCAGGAUCCUGUCAUCAGUGUGCGCCAAUGACUGGAUCUUGGCACUGCACCAGAUUGUUCUCAUCCUGUUGAUUUUAGGAAAGUGGCUGCUGCCUAUCGGUGAAGGGAUCACCAGAGAUGAGCUCUCUCAGCUCCUCCUUAUCUUCGUAGGCAUAGCAGCGGAUAUUCUCGAGUUUACCAGCGAAACUAUCAUUGAUGUCAAAGAUAAAAGUCCUGAGAUGGUUUAUGUUAUCUUAGCUGUUUGGACUUGGAGUAUGCUACAGUUUCCACUUCAUCUGUCAGUGCUCUCAUCCAGGUCAGAGGAUGCAUCUGAAGGCUCUUUCCUGAAAAUGCACCGAACGAGUAUCUGGGGCAUUGUGGAGAGUCUAUUCAUCCAGGACGGGCCUUUUCUGAUAGUCCGAAUGACCAUAAUGUUUCAUUUCGAUGUUUACCAUCAGAUGCUUGUUUUCUUUGCCAUCAAGAACUUUCUUGUGGUUAUACUGAACUUCUACCGCUUAUGGGUGAUCUGCCAGGACUACAGAUCAGAUCUCUGA